CUCCCCAAUUGGUGUUAACCUCUGGUUKUCAAGAUUGCGGGCCCAGAUUCAAAAUGGCARCCAUGUUGACUCGAGUGGCUAGAAAUUUAGGACGUCUCACUUCUCCUGUUUUGCGUUCUUCUGUUGAGGCCACAAAAUAUUCUCAUGUAAGUCAAAGAAMCGUCCACYUGGCAGCCAUCAGUUACUCCGAUCAUUUAUUUGUGCACAGAGAUUCAGAGAAAAACAACCCUGACAUUCCUUUUGAAUUUACUGCAGAAAACUUGAAGAGAGCAAAAUCAAUUAUUAAUAACUAUCCAAUUGGACAUGAGAAAGCUGCUGUGAUACCAUUGUUGGACCUUGCACAAAGACAGAAUGGAGGAUGGACACCAAUAUCUGUYAUGAACUAUGUUGCUGAUUUCYUAAAAAUGCCAAGAAUGCGUGUUUAUGAAGUGGCUACUUUCUACACUAUGUUCAAUAGGGAACCAAUAGGCAAAUAUCAUGUUCAAGUAUGUACAACAACACCUUGCCAGCUCAGAGAUGCCGACCUACUCYUAGACACACUAAAAAGCAAACUAGGAAUAAAAGAGGGCGAGACAACAGAGGACGGUAUGUUCACUCUUACAGUAGUGGAGUGUCUUGGUGCAUGUGUGAAUGCACCCAUGAUGCAAAUCAAUGACAAUUAUUAUGAAGAUCUGUCUAUGAAAGAUGCAGAGGAAAUCAUAGAUGACUUGAUAGCUGGUAAAACACCUAAGCCAGGUCCCAGGAGUGGUCGGUUCUCUUGUGAGCCAGCAGGGGGUCUAACAUCCCUCACUGAGCCCCCUAAAGGUCCUGGUUUUGGUGUGAGAGAUGACUUGUAAUUUCGUUCGUCGUUUUGGGUCUGUUCUCCUUGUAUAAACCUAUCAAUAUUUGAUGUGUUUGACUUUGAAAUGAAUGGUAUUCUACAGAGAACAGUGACAAAUUUCUAUGUGUAUAUAUGAAGGAACAUUAUUAAAUAACAAACAAAGCCUUUUAUUGUCUAUGUUG